GAUUAAAAAGACAAACUUGGUUCAGUAGCCUAGACGCUAAAUCAGGAUAUUGGCAAUUAAGGCUCCAUGAAAAUACAAAACCCUUAACAGCUUUUUCAUGUCCACCACAAAAAUAUUAUGAAUGGAAUGUGUUACCAUUUGGAUUUAAGCAAGCCCCAGGAAUUUAUCAGAGAUUUAUUGAUAAAAAUCUAGAAGGAUUGGAAGAUUUUUGUUUAGCAUACAUUGAUGAUAUUAUUAUCUUUUCAAAUAAAGAUAGGAUAGAUCAUGAAGAAAAACUAAUAAAAGUUUUGGAAAGACUAAAAGAAAAAGGACUGGUAAUUUCAAAAAAGAAAUCUAAAUUGUUAGUCAAUGAAAUUGAAUAUUUGGGAAUGAAAAUAAAUAGUACAGGAGAAAUAGAACUAACCACUAAUGUUAAGGAAAAAUUAGAUAAAUUUCCAGAUAAAAUGAAAAAUAGAAAACAAAUACAACGAUUUUUAGGAAGUCUGAAUUACAUCAGUGAGCAAGGAUUUCUAAAAAAUUUAGCGAAGGAAAGAAAAUACCUUCAGCAAAAGAUAUCAGAUAAAAUACCUUGGAAAUGGGAUAAUAAGGAUACAGAUAUAGUAAGAUUCAUGAAGGCCAGUUGUGAUCAUUUACCAAAAUUAUAUAACCCAUGCGAUCGAGAUUUUCUUAUUGUUGAGACAGAUGCAUCAAAGGAUACAUGGGCAGGUUGCAUGCUUGCAAUACCAGAAGGCAAAAAGUUACUAUCACUUGAUCACUAUGGCAAUAUACUCAGUAAUGAAUCGAAUGAUUCACACCAUAUCAGUAAUGAAUCGAACGAUUCACCACUAUCUCGACGCAGUAAUGAAUCAAAUGAUUCGAAACAAUAUGACUAUACAAUACCAUUCAAUACAGACAAAUAUCCAAGGAAGUUAUGUAAAUAUAUAUCUGGAACAUUCUCUUCUACUGAGAGAAACUACCCAAUACAUGAGCUAGAGACACUAGCUUGUCUUAGAACACUAAAAAAAUGGAAAAUAGAAUUACUAACCAGUCGAUUCGAACUACGAACCGACUCUAAAUAUGUUACAGGAUUUUGGAGAUACAAGCUGGAUGCAGACAUCAAUAAAGGAAGACUCAUUCGUUGGCAACAACAACUUCACUAUUAUCAACCAUAUCUAAAGUAUAUCAAGUCAACAGCCAAUCCGUUAGCAGACACCCUUACAAGGGGGUGGAAGGAAUAAUCAAGCAAAUGCAGCAUCAGCAACAGCAGAAAGAAGAGCAGAUACGUACCCUUGUAGUUCAGCUUUCUCAAAGGCGGGGGGAAUUGGAGAAGAUAAAAACCACCAUCACCAUUCUGCAAACACAAACUAAAAGCACUGCUCAACCACAAACUAUUCUGCAACAACAAACUAAUCAGCUACCACCUACAAAAUGGGCAGACAUGGUGGAAGAAGACGAGAAAAACGAAGAAGACGAAAGAAAAUAAAAAAGGGAAAAUGGUAUGUCCUUUAUGACGGACCUUUUCGAGGACUCUAUAACAACUGGGCAAUAGUAUCUCACCAUGUUACAGGAUACAACAUCAAACAUCAAUCAUUUUCAACCAAAGAAGAAGCAGAGCAGGCAUUAAGAGAAUCAUACAAGGCAAUUGCUAUGAAACAAAAGACAGAGUCAGCUACUCCACAACAAAGAUUAGUGAUGAAGAUACCAAGCAUCAGCAUUAAGGAUAUUCCAACCACGAAGCAAAAGGAAGAAAUCAAUAGACCUACACUUCAAAAAUUCCAACAAUGCUGGGAGGAUCUUCUCAAUUACAAGGAAAUUCAUACUACCAUGGGCUUCUAUCCAACCUUUAAGGGAGGUCCAAGAGCAGUCAUCAUCACAGAUAAAAUCGCACCAACAACACUAUUUGCUCUCCAUCAAUAUGGAUUAAUCGACACAAUAUACAUACAGAAGACUCAUAUCUUCGAAGAAUUCCCAACAAAGUUCAAGAUAGUCGUAAAAAGGUAUCUAGACUCAUUCGCCAAGGGUAGAGAAAUCUAUCUACGAUACACAUCCACCUAUCCAAUAUUCAACAAGGAAGAAAUGGUCGUGCCAUCAAAAGCAAUCAUCAAAAUGGGAGUAUCUAAUAGCAACUAUCCAACCAGAGAUGAAUUAGAGACAGCCAGGAUACCAGAGGACUAUCAAGUCAAAUCAUUAUAUUCAGUAAGUCAGGCCCUAUAUUAUCUUAACCCAACAGAUAAUAUUAAAGUCAAUUAUACCAGCACCAACAAGAUCAUCAUCAGCAAUUCUAAAAAUCAGAUCACAGCGAAAGAAUGGGGAUUCAUCACAGAUCUAGCCAAGGAUUUUAUCAAUCUAAAAGGAACGUUAGCCCCGAUAACGUCAGAACAAAAACAACAACUUUGUGAAUUAUUACAGCUACACGAGGAUCACAUAUGCACCCACUGUGCAGCAGAUAUAACUACCUCCACUAGUAGCAGUGAUGAAAUCAAAGAAAUGUAAUCCACCAUGGGGAAGAAGACAAUGCUUCAGGAAUCAAACAAAGAAAAGAAAAGGCAACAUCAACCAAGAAGAAGAAGACAACACUUCAGGAAUCAAACAAAGAAAGUGACUAAAGAUUCUUCUUUCUUUUUCUGAUCAAUAAUGUAGCCCAUAAGGCAAAAAUGUGUGUACGGUGUGUUUGCUUUCUCUUUUAAGUGGAGAAUGAUGUAAGCACAUAUGUAAGCAGGCAAAGCCCCUGCAUCUAUAAAUAUGUACAUCUGAACCUCAUAAGGGGGCAGAGUAGAAUAAAAGUUUGAGAUUUCUCUCUCAAAAGACAAAGUGUAGUCUUGGUGCUUCGGCACAGAGCGUUUGAGAUAAUACUCUGGAGACGCUCAUAUCCACUAUCACCUAUCCAUAAAAAACUAUACACCAACCAUUAACAACACAAAGAAUUCUUCAACACCAUUUUCAACGAUCAUAAGCAAUCAGCCUCCCUCGCACUACACCAUCAUGGGGACGUUCAGUAGCAAGAAGUUGCAUCAAUCAACCUAAGCAACAAUCGGGUAUGUCGGAUAACCCUAGUAGCAGUAACAGUUACUUUGAUUAUUUAAGUAAAAAUGAGGAAGAAAAUUAUUUUCUAGAUGGAAUAUUAGAUGUCAAGAAAAUUAAGGAACAAACUAAUUUUACCUUAUCAGAAAGGCAAAUUUUUAUUAAUAAGUCUUUUUUAUCCAAACUAUUUGAUAGGAAAAUAUAAUUAAAUAUGGAAAAAUGAUAGGAGAAACGGCAGUACCAAUAGAACAAACUAAGGGAGAUUUCCUAAUUCAAAUAAUAAAUAGGGAACAAAUUA